AUGAGCGGCACUGCCGCUCUACUGCCGCUGCAAAGUACCGCACAAUCCCCUAUACUUGUGGGUCAUCCCUACGCGCUCUCCGGCAAGCUCCUGGUCGCCGCGGCCGGGGCGCUCCCGGGCGUCCUCCUGGCCUUCAUCGCGCUGCACGCGUACAACAGCGCCCGGCGCCGGCGCUCACGCGACCGCAUCCAUCUCCGCCACAGCCUGCCGUCUAUCUCCAGUGGCGCCGUCCACGGCGGCGUGGCGGUGGCGCCUUCGCCGCGGGGGCUGGACCCCGCGGUGCUCCGCGCGCUCACCGUGGCCGCCGCGGGCGAUGGCGCCGGGGACUGCGCGGUCUGCCUCGCGGGGCUCGAGCGCGGCGAGGAUGCACGCACACUGCCGCGGUCUGGCCACCGGUUCCAUGUGGGGUGCAUCGACGUGUGGUUCCGCGGGAACUCCACGUGCCUGUUGUGCCGCGCGGACGUCGAGGCACCAGACAACGACGCCGAGGCUGAGGUGCGCGUAGACGUGGCGACGAGGGAAGCCGCGGUCAAGGGCGGUGCGCCGGAAACGAGGAGGCUGUCGAUCGGCACGGAUCUUGACAAGUCGAGCCGGGCAUUGGCUUCCGUCCGAUCUGCUUGCUUCUGA